UCUCCACUGACACCACUCAGACCCAUCUCCCUGCUGCCAGUUACAUCCAAACUCCUCGAGCGCCUCGUCUACACCCGCCUAAGCCAAAAUACGCCCGUUUCCUAACCCCAGAAACCACUAAACAGCUCAUCCCACUCCCUCAUCAUAUCACGACUCGACUACUGCAUCUCCCUCCUCACUGGCCUGCCUCGCCACAGGCUAUCCCCCACUUCAGUCCAUCCUGAAUACGGCUUCCAGACUCAUUCAACUUUCCAACCGCUCCAUCCUCUGCCACCCCCCUCUGGCAAUCCCUCCACUGGCCUCCAUUCAGUGUCCUCCACCCCUCUCUGCCAAUCCCUCCACUGGCCUCCACUCAGCGUCCUCCACCCCCCUCUGCCAAUCCCUCCACUGGCCUCCAUUCAGUGUCCUCCAUGCCCCUCUGCCAAUCCCUCCACUGGCCUCCACUCAGUGUCCUCCACCUCUCCCUGCCAAUCCCUCCACUGGCCUCCACUCAGUGUCCUCCACCCCCCUCUGCCAAUCCCUCCACUGGCCUCCAUUCAGUGUCCUCACCCCCCUCUGCCAAUCCCUCCACUGGCCUCCACUCAGUGUCCUCCACCCCCCUUUGCCAAUCCCUCCACUGGCCUCCACUCAGUGUCCCCCCACCCCCCUCUGCCAAUCCCUCCACUGGCCUCCACCUAGUGUCCUCCACCCCCCUUUGCCAAUCCCUCCACUGGCCUCCACUCAGUGUCCUCCACCCCCCUCUGCCAAUCCCUCCACUGGCCCCACUCAGUGUCCUCCACCCCUCUCUGCCAAUCCCUCCACUGGCCUCCACUCAGUGUCCUCCACCCCUCUCUGCCAAUCCCUCCACUGGCCUCCACUCAGUGUCC